AUGUCGUCGUCCAUGCUCCCUGACGUAUAUCUGACGUCAUCACACACGUCACGCAGACGCCGCGCGGCCGCGCGCGUGCCCCUCAGCUCCCGGCGCCGCCGAGUUCCCGCCGCGGCGCGCGCGGAUGACGUCACUGCCGGCACCGGGCCGGCCGCGUGUUUCCCGGAAACUUCCGGUUCCGGGACGCGGAGCGGCCCCGCCAUGGACGAUCUGAUCCUCAACGUGGACUUCGCCGCCCCCGAGCGCCGCCCGAAGAAGGAGCCGGGGAGCCGAAAGCACCAGAGCUUCGUGCGGCGGCGGCGGGAGCUGGAGCGCCGCGGGGUCCUGCGGCAGAAGCAGCUCCCGGCGGCACCGGGCGGGCCCCGGCGAGCCCGGACACGGCGCUCGGGGGCCAAGCCGCGCUCGGGCCGGCGCAUCCCUAAAGAGAACGGCACUGCCGCCGCCCCCCGGUGCCCUCCGGUAUCCCAGAACCCCACCGGCACCGAGGGGAAAGCUCAGGGGGCGGCUGGCAGUGCCCCCCCGGCAGCCCAGAACGGCCCCGGUGCUCCCGCUCGGAGCGCGGGGAAGGCUCGGGGGGCGGCUGGCAGUGCCCCCCCGGCGCCCCCCAAGCUGGUGGCCAUAGACUGUGAGAUGGUGGGCACGGGGCCCGGCGGGCGCACCAGCGCGCUGGCCCGCUGCAGCAUUGUCACCUACGAGGGGGACGUGGUGUACGACCGCUACGUGCGGCCCGAGGAGCCCAUCGUGGACUACCGCACCCGCUGGAGCGGCAUCCGCCGGCAGCACAUGGCCGCGGCCGUGCCCUUCCGCAGGGCACAGCAGCAGGUUCUGAAGAUCCUGGCUGGGAAGGUGGUGGUGGGCCACGCCAUCCACAACGACUUCAAGGCUCUGCAUUACUGCCACCCCAAAGCUCUGACCCGGGACACGUCGCAGAUCCCGCUGCUGAACCGCAGGGCUGGCUUCCCCGAGAACGUGGCCAUCUCCCUGAAGCGCCUCACCAAGGCCCUGCUGAACCAGGACAUCCAGGUGGGGAAGAGUGGCCACUCCUCGGUGGAAGAUGCCCGAGCCACCAUGGAGCUCUACAAGGUGGUGGAGGAGGAGUGGGAGCAGCACCUGCAGCAGAACCCAGACCAGAAGUGACACCCUGGGGGGCUCAGAGUGACACCCCUGGCCUGGUCCUGCCUCUGGGGGGGUCCCACAGUGACACCCCCAGAGUGACACCAGAGUGACAGGCCCGGUCCUGGCCUCUGGGAGGGCUGAGAGUGACACCCCCAGCACAGUCCUGCCUCUGGGGGAUCCCACAGUGACACCCCAGGCCUGGUCCUGCCUCUGGGGGGGCUCAGAGUGACACCCCCAGCCCGGUCCUGCCCCUCGAGGGUCCCAUGAGCCCUGGGGGGCUGAGGAGGAGCCAGGUGUGAUGUCCGUGUCCCCAAGCCUGUCGUGCCUUGUGCCGCUGUCCCCAGGAUGUGGGCAGGGCCGGGGGCCAGUGCCUUCCCCCCCGGGGGGGGUCUCUGGGGUUCUGCACCCCCCGAACGCUUCGGGGCUGCUGCUGCUGAUCUGGGAGUGGCCUUGGGGCAUCCCAAGCGCAGCCGCCAUCCCUGGGGGGCUGGGAGUGGAGCGGGCUCCUUCCUCCCCCCAAAACUACCUCUGUGAGCCCCGGGAGCUGCCGCGACUGCGGCGGGACUCGGGUCCCUCUGCAAAGUCCCCGCUCCGCUCUGGCAGCUGCUUUAGGGUGGUGAAACUCCACCUUUUUGUGCAAGGAGCGGGAUAAAGCCGGGCAUGGUCCCAUCCGCCUGCCCGAGCCCCCCCGUGCUGCCCCGGGGGCGACCCCGGGGGUCCCGCGGGCGAGUCCCCCCCGAGGGCAGCCGUACCCUGGAGGCGCCCGAGCCUUGACGGGAACUGCUUUGAACUGAAAGCUUUAUGUGCAAAAUCCUAAUUAAAAAGAAAUGAUUAAAGAGAUCUUCCCUUCGCUGGGGACGAGGAGGAGCCCCCUGCCCCGGUGGGCGGGAGCGGGGGGUCCCUUACCGGGCCGUCACCCGGCACCCUCCGACA